AUGGAUGCGGCGAUCUUUAAAAAUGGCUCGCUUGAGAUUGCAGACUUUGCUGAUAAAGUCUUGCAAUACAUCUUUCCCUGCCAAUCUGCUAUGAGUUUGGCCUGCCAUCUUGGUGACGAGGAAGAUUGGGGCCCAUGUGAAGAGUUGCAUGAGGAAUAUGAGAGCGGGUUCGAAGCCGACAGGUCGAACUCACAAGCAGCUGACGCGGAGUCUCAAACAGCUGUAUCGAAGGGAAGCUGCUUUGGAGAUAGGGGCACUGGGUUUCACACUGAAGUAGACUUCGAUAACGUAGAUUCGAAGCUUAGGACGGGAUACAAGAAGAGUUGA